AUGCUUUUUUCUAAAAUUUUAACGUCGCGUUCUGUGACUUCCUGUCAUGUUAUUAGUAAUAUCUCUCGAACAUUACAACAUCAAACAUCUACACGAAAAUCUACCGAAACUUAUCCAACACAAAAUCGAAAGCCUAAAUUUGAUUCCAUUCAUUUCGAAGAAUCAGUCAAACCAUAUGCUGAAGAUGUAAUAUUGGAAAAUCAAUAUGAAAAAUUAUCUAAUAUGAUAUUACCAUUAGCAAGUUUUUCAUAUGAUGAACAAUUAAAAAUUAAACAAGAUAUGAUUGAACAAUCAUUCGAUCAAAUUGGUCGUGCUAUUUUAUGGGACAAACGUAUUGAUAGUCAAGUUUUAAAAUAUGUUGAAUUUCAACAAGGUCCCUUUUGUCAUGUUGAACCAAUUAUUCCAUCACCUUUAAUAGAACAUUAUCGAUCUAAAGAUGAUUUAUCUUGUGGUUUUGGAGUCGAUGGACAAAAAACAGUUGGAUUUUAUAUUAGUCCAUUGAAUAAUAAAGCAUUUCCAAAUACUUUAUGUAUACCACCGACACAUUUAAAAAGUAUGAAACCAAAACAUAUUCUUGUGACAAAGCAUUUUGAUCAAUUUCUUAAACAACAUCCUCUUUCCGUAUCUGAAAAUACAAAUGUUAUAAAAAAGGAUCAAUAUUGGCGUACAAUGACAUUAAAAUCAAAUGUACAUGAUCAUUUAAUGAUGAUUGUAGUUGUUCAUCCUCAGUCGUUAAGUAAGAAUGAAAUUGAUCAAAUGAAGAAAGAUCUAGUGAAUUACUUCACUGAUGGAUCAGGUCGUGAAUGUGAAGUAAAUUCAAUUUAUUUUCAGCUAUGUACACAAAAUCGUUUUACAAGUGAAGAAAAUCCAUUUGAAUUAAUUCAUGGUGAUGAAUUUAUCUAUGAAGUGUAUAAUGAUAAAAAAUUUCGUAUAUCACCUGAAUCAUUCUUACAAGUAAAUCAAAAAGGUGCAGAAGUAAUUUAUAGAUCUACAUUAGAUCAUGCUCAAAUAGAUGAAAAUACGAUUCUAUUAGAUAUUGGAUCAGGCAUUGGUGUUAAUUCAAUAUUAGCUUCAUCGAUUGCAAAAAAAGUCUAUGCAAUUGAUCCUUUGACAAUGUGUAUUGAAGAUGGAAAAUUUAAUGCAAAAUUAAAUGGUUGUCAAGAUAAUAUUGAAUGGAUUUGUGGCUUUGCUGAAGUACAUUUACAUAGAAUAUUAAAGAAAAUUGGUGAUCUACAUGGAAAUAACACUCGUAUCGUCGCUAUUAUCAAUCCAUCACGAUAUAGUCUAACAAAUAACAUAAUAAGUGCACUUCGUGGUUUAUCAUCUAUACAACAAAUUUUAUAUGUAUUAUGUAAAACUGAUAAACAAAUAAUGCAUAAUUUUUACGAAUUAGCAGCUGGUGAACGAUCAAAACUAAAACAAACUGGCGGACCAUUGAUUCCUACUAAUAUCUAUCCAGUUGAUCUACUUCCGCAUACGACACAUACAGAAUUUAUUGUAAAGUGUAUUAGAGUGUAA